AACGUAAACUGUUCAUUGGUAUGCUAAAUAAGAAACUGAACGAAAACGACGUUCGAAAACUUUUUGAAGUACACGGAGCCAUUGAAGAGUGCACGGUGUUGCGUGAUCAAAACGGUCAAAGUAAAGGGUGUGCCUUUGUGACAUACGCUACGAAACAUUCGGCGAUAUCUGCGAUAAAAGUAACACUAAAUCAAAACAAGACCAUGGAAGGCUGCACCUCACCAUUAGUGGUGAAAUUCGCCGAUACCCAAAAGGAAAAGGAACAAAAGAAAAUCCAACAAAUCCAAGCGAAUCUAUGGAAUUUGGCGACGAACAUGAAUAUACCCCUGGGACAGACAGCGACAACGGUUUCGACGCCGGCCAUUAUGCCAAGUACACCGCAACAGGCCAGUCCGGUAUUGGGAGCCGAUGCCAUAACACCAGCAUCAUUGCAGCUGUUGCAA